GAUUCGCAAGUUUGCAAAUACAGAAGGCGCUCGAAGCGGCUGUUGCGCGGUCGAGCCAAGGCGUGAAAAUUUCCCACUUUCCCGGUCGAUAGAAAAACGUGGUUUACCAAACGCCGGCAACACAAUUUUAGCAUCAAAGAUUAUGAGAUAUUGGAGUUAACGAUGCCGAGGACGAAAGCCUCGCCCAAAAAAUGCGUUAAGUCGCAGGUCGCUAAUAACACGCUGCUUUUAAUAUUGAAAGGGGAUGCAUUGACGAUUCCUGAAGGUUGUGAUGGAAAGCCGAACAUGGUCAAAUUGCGACACCCCCAAACGUCGUCCCAGGCAAUGUUUUUCUUCAGCGCGGACAACAAGAUGGUCCAAGAAAUACUCAGUUUUUCAGAAGACAAGCGCUCUUGGGUCAUCGAUGACCAUAUUCAAUCAGAUGGCAAAGUACAUCUAUCCACGCCUGUUGAUCCACUUUUCCUGGUGCUACCAUACUUGAUGAAGAGUGCUGGACGCUUUGAGCCUCUAGAUCAACUUUUGCAGGAUGAAGAUUUUCCAGAAACGAAAAGACUUCUUCAAUGUAUAUCUCACAAACAGCUAAGACACAUUUCUGACGUUAAAGAUGUCGGCGAUGAAAGCUAUUACAAAUUCAAUGAGGAUAGAGCCAUAAAAUGGUUAAUGAAAAAAUCCAAAAAAGUGUGUGAUGUUCUUAAAGAAAAAGGCAUUCAUGUUGGUCCUGGAGCAGUCUCUGCCAAUUUCAUCAGAGGCUCCAGAUAUGUAGACAAUGAUUCAGCUCCCGCCGAGACAGAAUUCCUUCUCUAUUCCUAUGGGAUCCUAUCGGAGUACAUUUCCGCAGACUUGUGCAUCAAACUUCGGAGCGCACUCAAUCUCCCUGAAGCGUCAAACAGUGAUGCUGGGAACCCAAGAAAACGCAAAUUGGACGGGGCUGAUGGCGAGGCCAGUAAGAGGAAUAAGCAAGAUUCCUCUACUGAAGAAGCAAGCCAAAUUAAGACCUCGGAAAAUAAGCCUGAAAAGGUGGUGCAGAAAAAAGAAACCGCCAAAGACAAAGCUAUGGCUCGCGCGGCAGCUGGAACAAAGAGCAUCGCUUCCUUUUUCAAGAAGAAAUAAUUCACUCACUUGAUAUGUAUACAACUAUAGGAUUUUUUAUUUAUAUUGAUAAUUAAGGCAGAUUUUCUAUUGUUUUAUAAGUUUCAUUAAAUUCAUCAAUAUUU